UGCUGAAAAUAUGAAAAGGAAGGUCCGUGACCCCCGAGCCAACUUUGAGCAAUCCAUACGUGUGCUGAAGCACGCUAAAGAGGUCCAGCCCGGUGUCAUUUCUAAAACCUCCAUUAUGUUGGGGCUAGGCGAGACGGAUGAACAAGUAUAUUCAACAAUGAAAUUAUUGCGGGAAGCAGAUGUAGAUUGUUUGACCCUAGGACAGUACAUGCAACCAACAAAACGUCACCUAAAGGUUGAGGAGUACGUAACUCCCGAAAAAUUUAAGUACUGGGAAAAAGUAGGAAAUGAUCUUGGAUUCCAUUACACUGCUAGCGGGCCUUUAGUGCGCUCCUCCUAUAAAGCAGGUGAAUUCUUCUUGAAGAACUUGGUAGCAAAAAGAAAGACAAAAGCCAUCUGAAAAUGAGAGUGAACCUAUUUAAAGCAGCCAGUUUUAAGGAUCCUUUUUUUCAGUGCAUAAUUAUACUCAGUUCCAGAAAUGCAGAAGACCAGAUGGUGGAUGUAUGAAUAAACUUACUAUCUGUCCAGAACACUUUUCUCUCACCAAAAUGCUUCACAGCAUUUUACCUAAUUCCUUCUGGCAAGGCUACAACUACAUAGUACUUUUAGUGUUCAGCAGAAAGUCAG